UCAGAGGCUGAAACCGGGACUCGGAUGGGAUUUUAACGGCAUGUGGCAGAGCUGAGUCACUCCAACCAGCAGCGCCAUGGAAAAGGAGUUGGGAAAUUUUCCAUUCCUUCUGUGGAUUUCUGCGGCUCAUGUGAAUCACUGAGAGCUGCUUCCACUUGUAGGAGGAACUUGUGGAAAGGAUUCAAUGGUUCACUUUCGCCAAACUGCAGGAUGAGGCUGAAACAGUAAAGUGAAGUUUCCUUGCAAAUCAUCCUUCAAAGUUGCAUGCUGGAAACAAUGAAAUAAUUUAACAAAUGACUAAUAAUCCUCUCUGAAAUCUCAGAUUGAAUCAAAUGGAAAAGCCAAGGACUUUAACUAGCCCAAUGGAGGCAGAAAAUGCAGAUUUACUGACAAAUAACAGCAAAAUGAAGUCUGAAGACGCUUAUAACCCGUUCAAUGAUUCUGAAUGCUAUUUCACAAAAUCUUUGCAAAGUGAUGCGUCUUUUACAGAAAAAGAAACAAGGAAACAGUACAUCCUAGAGGAACAGAAAACUUGGGUUGAAAGCAUUGAAAUUGCUUCAGAUACAGAGAAUUGGAUGCCAAAUAACGAUGAGAUUAACUCUGCAGUUGAAGACAAAGUGAAUGACUGCAAGGAAGUUGAUCUGUCACUGGACAAAUUUGGUAUAACUGAAGCUAUUUCCCCAAAAUGUCCCCAAAACGAUGAGCAGGAUGACAUAAAAAGGACUGAAAAUAAUGGUGCACAUUUUCAGGAAGACGGUUUCUCACUUGUGCAUUCUGCAGUGGAAACCAAACAUCCUGUGAUAAUUGUAAAACGUUUGAUUUAUGCUGUUGAAGAACAGGAACCAGAGUUGGAGGACGCUGAAGGUAAAGAGAAGAGGAAAUAUUCUGAAUAUGAAGAAGAAGACGCCUCUGCACGUUUCCUUUCCAGCCCAAAUGACUUUCCACUUCAUAUUAAUAAACAAACUGUUAAUCCUCCGAUCGGGUCAACUCUGACAAGAGCUACUUUCUCUCCAGGAUGCCCAACAGACAAAAAGGUCGCGUUCCCGGUUCUGUUCAGCGGCCUGCGGGGCUUAAGGAAGGGAAUCGGUGGGCCUGAGAAUGGCACAUCCACUCAAACCAAACAGAGUCCUCCGUUUGCAAAAAGUCCAGUUUUCACAGAAAAACAGAGCGACACAAAGACCCAGAACGGAUUUCUGGACCAGAUCUCCCAUAUUCUGAAUCAAGAAAAAGCUCCUGGUGAUAAAAAGGAUGAAGAUUUGGUGACUGAAACACAUCAGGAUGAAAUCGGAAACCAGUUGGAUGGAAAUGAUGAACCUCCAGACAGUAAGAGGAGAGAACCUCAAGCAGAAGAAGAUACAAAACCAGUCGAGCCGACCAGAUCUCUGUCGAGCGCGGAAGCUGCUUUCGAUGCCUUCAAGGCCUUUUUCACACCAAAACCUCUGAAGAAAGACUCAACAGAGCGGAUCGACCUGGAGGCAGUGAGGAAGAAGAUGAGAAACGAUAAAGAUGUGCUAAGAACAAUUUUUGAAAGAACCUCCAAAAAAACACUAGAGAAGAACGAUGCAUGUGAUGGAAAAUCAGAGACGCCCACAGCAGAAGGAGAGGAAAAAACUCCUGGUCGUCUGCAAGCCGUGUGGCCACCUCUCAAGGAAGAAAAGGUUGGCCUGAAGUAUACAGAAGCAGAGCACCAGGCCGCUGUCCUGCAGCUGAAAAGGGAAUGCAAACAGGAGCAGGAGAAGCUGCAGGAGGAUUAUGAGCGUCAACUCUGCAAACUGAGGGACGAAAACAGAGACAAUGUUGCUCGCCUGGAGUUGAUGCUUGAGCAGCUACAAGCUAAAGUCUCACAGGUUUGGAGCCAACAUCCCGAUGGGCUCAAAGAUGUUGCCGUUUCCACAACCGACGGCUUGAAGGACAACUCCUUCCGCAACGUUAGCAUCCAAACUGACAGAGAAAACCUCAUCACAAGUCCUGAAGAUGGUGACAUUACCACGACAACCUGCUCGGAUCUUCAGCAGUCAUUGGAAGCCUCCAAAAAUCCAGACAUGGUUUCCACAGGAGAAGUUUUGUCUUCUUCUUCUGUGGUUUCAACGUUACCUCAGAGUCAUCCUCCUAGUUCUCAGAAACAACACAGUUUGUCUCCUCCUCCACCGCCUCCUCCGCCUCCACCACCAGGUGUCGCUCCUCCACCUCCUCCUCCACCACCACCAGGUGUCGCUCACCCACCACCUCCUCCAUCAGCAGGGGGCGUCAUUGCCGAAAAACCUCCACGGAAGCAGGCAGUGGAACCUUCCAGAGCCAUGAAGCCGCUUUACUGGACCAGAAUCCAGAUCCAAGAUGACAAUAACCACUCGCUGUGGAACAUGUUAGAGGAACCACACAUAAACGCCAAUGAGUUUGAGGAUCUCUUUGCUAAAACAACUACGAUGGAGAAAAGGAAGCCGCUGCUUCAGGCCUAUGAGAAGAAAGCAAAAGCCAAAAAGAUCAUUAAACUGCUGGACAGCAAACGCUCUCAGGCUGUGGGCAUCCUCAUAUCCAGCCUCCAUUUGGAGAUGAAAGAUAUUCAGCAAGCUGUUCUGACUGUGGAUCAUUCUGUGGUGGACCUGGAUGCUAUCGAGGCACUUUAUGAAAAUAGAGCUCAACCGGAUGAGUUGGAGAAGAUCAGGAAACACUGCGAAUCGUCUGAGGAAGAUGAUGUUAAACUGCUGGACAAGCCUGAGCAGUUCCUGUAUGAACUGUCUCAGAUUCCAGACUUUCCUGGGAGAGCUUGCUGCAUCAUCUUCCAGUCGACUUUCACCGAUGGGAUUUCCUCAGUUAAACGCAAGCUGAGCUCCGUCUCAUGUGUCUGCAAGGUUCUGCUGGAGAGCAGCGGUGUCAGGGAAGUGAUGGGACUGGUGCUGGCGCUGGGAAACCACAUGAACGGAGGCAGCAGGAUCAGAGGCCAGGCCGACGGAUUUGGUCUGGAAAUCCUCCCGAAACUUAAAGAUGUCAAAAGCAGGGACAACCGGAUCAGCCUGUUGGACUACAUAGUAUCGUACUACCUGCACAACAUGGACAAGAACGCUGGAACAGAAAAGUCCAUGUUUCCUCUCCCUGAGCCUCAGGACGUCUUCACGGCGGCUCAGGUCAAAUUUGAUGACCUUAACCGAGAUCUGAGGCAGCUUGAACAAGACUUGACAAGAGUCGAGAAAAAUGUCCAUAAAGUCUGUUCAGAGUCUUCUGAAGAACACCUGCAGCCAUUUAAGGACAAGAUGGAAGCUUUUGUUUUAACUGCUCGAAAGGAGCAUGCAGAAGCUUCCUAUCAGCUGAUGACUGUGCAAAAAACUUUCCAGGAUGUUGCUCUGCACUUUGGACUCAAACCCAAACCCGGAGAGAAGGAGGUGACGACGGGUCACCUGUUCAUGCUGUGGUUUGAGUUCAGCGCCGACUUCAAGGCCCGAUGGAAGAGGGAGAACAAAACCAUCUCAAAAGAAAGAUUAAAAGAGGCUCAGCUGACAGUGAAGAGGAUCACUGGAGAGAAGAAAGUGGAAACAAGGAAGAUAAACCCCAACAGUCUGAAGGAACGACUGCGCCAGAAAGAAGCUCAAGUUACUUCUCCUUAAAAAUGUGAACUUUUUGGCUCCUGAUAUUUAAAUAACCCCAGAAAUCUGGAGCAGACUCAAAGAGGACCAGGACAGAAAAUCUACAUUUUCAUCAGCCGACCAAAAUAUUUGUUCUUUAAUGUAAUUUAAAUAUUAAAAAUGUGGUUAGUUCAGAUCCAACUUU